GGCCUCACUUUCGAUACGACCUCGAUUAAACUUUUCUUAGAAGCCAUUUGAAUAAUGGCGGCGAUCAGAAGAGGCUUAGUUUCCUUAUCCAUGACAAUCAAUCAAAACUGUUGUCUCAACAAACAGUCAAAGCAAUUUAUGACGUUUUCAAGAAGCUUAUGCAAUUGCAGCAGGUUGGUGACACCAAAACAACGAUUGCAACAAUCAAAGAGCCAUAACUUACUUCUUGGAAGGUGGCAACAGAAUGCUUUUAUCUCAUCAAAAGAAGUCAAUAAACGUACUUCAAAAACUGGUCCAAUCAGUUGGAAAAGUUUGCUUGCCUUCGUGGUUGCUGGUGGUGGUGUUGUGGGUUAUGUAAAGUACCUGAAGAAUGAAAAAGAGAAAGCUAAAGAGGCAGAAAGGACCAGAUCUGUUGGAAUGGCAUCACUUGGGGGACCCUUUGAAUUAGUUGACCAGGACGGAAAACCUAAAACAGACAAAGACUUUUUGGGUCAAUGGCUUUUGAUUUACUUUGGGUUCUGCCAUUGUCCUGACAUUUGUCCAGACCAACUGGAUAAGAUGACUACGGUUAUUGAAACACUGGACAAGACAAAAGGGCUGCCAACGAUACAGCCAUUGUACAUAACAGUAGAUCCAAAUCGAGAUGAUCCUGAAAGUGUAAAGGAAUACCUGAAAGAUUUCCAUCCAAGGCUGAUAGGUCUAACUGGAUCGGAAGCUCAGGUAAAGGCUGUGACAAAGGCCUACCGUGUUUACUACAGCGCUGGACCAAUGGAUGAAGACAAAGACUAUAUCGUUGAUCAUACAAUUAUUACUUACUUGGUAGACCCAGAAGGCAAAUUCGUUGAAUAUUUUGGACAAAACAAGACUAUUGAAGAGAUUACGUCUACAAUUGGAACAAGAAUGAUAACUCAUAAGUACAAAAGAUAGCUGUUCUACAAUUCUAUUUAGUCGAGCAAAUAAUUUGAAAUCCUUGAAAGAGGACUCAGUCGAGUCUCUAUGUAUUUACGAUAAAAAUGUACAAUUAUUUCUGUGACAAACAAGACCUAGAUUUGAUUUGA